CCUACCUGCUUUCACUGAUUUUCUACUGAGAAGACGUCCUUCUGGUCUACCACCAGUGACCAUUGGCAUUGGCAUCAACCCUCACGCCGUUGGAUAUCGCCUCAGGCUCAGGAAGAUCAGGUGCUGGCUUUGUCAACGUGUUGUUUGCUCACGUUUGCGGAACGCUUGUUUUGCUAGAGCGCGUUGCCAUGCUAUGAGACGGCAUUGACUGCUGUAUUGAGUGCAGUAUCAGCGUUUCGUUGCAGCGUGUUUGCUUGAAGCACUACAUACAUUACAUGUCCGCGCCACCACUAAUUUUAUCUGCUCAAACAGUUUGAGUGCAUCACUGAGCAGCAAUGGCUGCCCUGGCUCGUGCAGCGAACCUCUCCGCUGCAAACACAGUAGGUAGCACAAUCUCAUCUCAAUCUCAAGAAGAUGCAGUUUUUCUACACAACCCGCUGACAUAUGCCGGAGUACAGACAAAAGCGCCGCGCUUUGAGCAGAGAUUAAAGGUACAAGGGUUGAAGCCAGCAACAAAAUUCUUGGGGCGGAGCAAGCAGUCUGCGCAGAGGUUGAGGGUUAGUGCGGUGGCGAGCGUUGAGGCAAAGCCGGAGGCUGAGGAGCAGAAACUAGAGGGGGUGCAAAAACUGUGGAAUGCUGCCACUGUCACAAGCACGCAAGAUAUUUCUCCCGGAGUACGGAUUGUUACACUGGAGACAGAAAUCAGCAGAGAGAUCGUGCCCCUCGAUGCCUCGUACAUGCUGCCCGGCCAGACGGCGCAGAUCAAGCUGGCCUCGGGGGCCACGGAAGAAGCGGUUCCCGCGUCUGCGCCCUUUGCAAAGGAGAAGAACGAGGCGGUGCUUCUGAAGAUGCGGGGCGACAUCACGGCGGGGUCCACUAAGGUGGCUAUGUACACCAUGUCAGUCAAGGCUCCCCUGGAGCUGUGGGUGGAGGAGGGGAAAGCGCCUGGCCUGUGGAACCUCAAGCAGGGCGACGAGGUGGAGGUGGGUCCUUUUAAACAGACCGGCAUGGACGUGCGGCCAAUUCUGUUCCUCACGCGCUUCCCGACCGUGCUCGUGUUUGCGCGGGGGACCGGGCUAGCUGCGGCGCGCGCACUGGUUGAGGCCCAGGACACGGGCAGCCUCAACUUCCUUUUGCGGCAAGAGGGGCGUCUGUACGUUUCUGCGCCGUCACCCGCGGAACUUCCGUUCAAGAACGUGUGGCCUGCUUGGGAGUCGGCCAACGUGAAGGUGCGGCCGACUGUCGACGCCACGAACGGGGAGCCGUGGGACGGUUUUGUGGGCGACCUGAAACACGCGUUCGACGAGGACGAUCUAGAGUACGAGCCGACCCAGACUGCCGUUGUGGUCGCCGGCGACGCGGCCACAAUCGACGAGGUGCUCGAUUUACUACAGGAGGCGGAGAUCCCGGAGGAGCAGCUCAUCCGGUGGCAGUGUCCGUAACUUAAAGAGGUUGACGCAUUUUGUAGGAUUAAGUGCGGGUCAGGUUGAGAGCUUGCGCAAAGAGUGAUGCGGGAGAGCACCCUUCGCAGGCCGCCCCUGGUACUCGUGGGCCCCCUGUAACCUUCUGAUUGCGAGCCGGUCUAUUUUUGGGCAUGCGGAGCGUGGUACUCCAGAUUUCAGCAUGAAAGAGGGACUACAACAGAAACAUAGGCAGACAGCGCAAGCCUGUCACUUAGGUGAAUAAGGUCAUGAAGUCGAUAAGUUGUCCGCUCUUGUAAGAAUAGUAUGGCCACUGAACGAACCCGGGAAUAACGACUUAGUUCCCUGCAUUGAUAAAAAGCGUUGCCGAGGUUCGAAACCAUCAUUGGCCGCCCAAGUCCAAACAUGUUGAUGCCAGCAAUUGCCUGCGUCAGUGUUCCCACACG